AUGUCCACUCGACCGAAACGGAGUCGACUUGUCGCAGGAUGCCACCGAUGUCGCGUUCGACAUUUGAAGUGCGAUAUCAAAUCUAGAUUUUGCCAGCCUUGUCAGGAUGCAGGGUCUGAAUGUGACCGAACCACCAUCCGUUUCCGUGAUGGUUUAACAUUAUCAGAUGGCAUCGAUGGGACAUUUCCAGACCAAAACAACUGGCCACAAGUGCGUGGAAAUGUCCGCUUCCACGACGAGACUCCUGAAAUUGCAGGUCUCUACAUGAGCUCUUCGCAAGAUGAGAUUUAUCUGCCCUUUCAAAAUUCUCGAGACAUAUCAAUUGAGGGACGUACAACUUUGCUCGCAAAAGAUCUUUCCCCACCUAGCCAAUCCCUAUACCCCUCUCCACCAUCUAAACGACGAUCUAGCUCUCAAAAUAUCCAUAGCUUCACAGAGAGGGAGGCUGUUUUGCUCCGCAAUUUCGUUGAAAAUAUGGCACUAUGGGCCGAUAUAACAGACACAUAUCGCCAUUUUGAAUAUGAAGUACCAGCAAGGGCGCUAAAAGAGCCGGUCUUGCGUUGCGCUAUCUUUGCAUUCUCGUCACGGCAUCUGAAUCGACAAAAUGAUAGCGAUACGGCUGAAGCUUUGCAAUAUCACAAUGAAUGUGUGCAACGAUUGAUACCUGCACUUUCCGAACCAGAGCAUAUCACCGAGGACGUUCUCGCCGCGGUAGCAAUUCUACGCCAGCAUGAGGAAAUGGAUGGCGAGGAUCACCAGUUCCAUCUCACAGGAACGACCCACAUUCUCAAUUCUGUGCAAAGUUUUGGCUCAUCGGGUGGCCUUGGCGAGGCAGCAGCCUGGCUAUGUCUCCGUCAAGAUAUCUAUGUAUCGUUGACUACUCAACGGCCCCUGCGAACCAACUUACAGAACUUCCACGGCUCAGAUAUCUUCACCAGAAAUGAUGAUUUUGCCUGGUCGAGCAGAAUGGUAUUUUUGUUGGCAAAGGUCCUUCAAAGUGCGUUCUCCGAUGUUUCGCUGGACGCAUCGGUUGAUGAGGAGGUUGAAGAGUGGUACACCUCAAAACCGUACACUUUCGAGCCAGUGCGAAUGGUGACACGUGGAACGGAAAUUGAUCAACGAUUUCCCACCAUUUGGAUGCUUUUACCAGCUCAUGUGAUUGGCCUACAGUACUACCAUAUUGCAAAGAUUGUACUAGCUCUAUCAGCAUCGUCCCCAGUGAGCUUUGCGUAUGAGAAUUUCCGACAGACUCGCCAAAUAGAAAGGAACAUUCGAUAUCACUUACUUCGCAUUUUAGGCCUGGCUCAGUCAAAUUCCCGAGCAGAGAACACGCUUUUUACCGCGCGACAUAGUUUGGUAGCAUGGGGCUGGGUUCUACGGCAUCGCAGCGACCAGAAAGCUGCAGAGCGUCUAUUGCAUGAUAUGCAUGAAAGAACUGGGUGGAAUACGGAUACUUUGAUCGGAUCACUCCGCCAGCAAUGGCGGGAUGAUGAUGAUGGAAGUAGUGAAACCUGA